UCAUAAAAUCAGCCAUAUUGAUGUUGAUCUCUUCAGUGUGUACUUCAAAACAGCUUCUUCAAUUGAGAAAAAUGACCGAUUCUUUAAACUUUGGUCCUGAAUGGAUACGUAAUCUUUCCUCAGAUGGAAAUACUUCAAGUAAUACAAGUUCAGGUGGAACCAAAUAUCAACUUGCCGAUUUUAGAUAUGGCAGAGAGGAGAUGUUAGCAUUAUUUGAAAAGGGUUUACGAGCACCAGACCCCCUUUCAAAUUUUGCAGCAUUGUAUGUUGAGCAGUCUCAAUUACCUCUUGCAUUAAUACCAAUGACAGAAGAUGAAAAUAGAUUAUGGCAGAGUAGACCAGCGCCUCCUAUUUCAACGCGUGGUCGAGGAGGCUCAUUAGAAAGAGGUCGUGGUCGGGGCAGAGGAGCUACUUUUCAUCAAGGUUAUUCACGUUCCAGUUCAGGAUAUGAUGAUCCUGUCAGACCAUAUGAAAGAAGUCAAAGUGGAUGGGCAGAACGAAAUGGUGUGGCGGAUGGACCUGAAUGGGUUGGUGUUGGAAGUAGUCCCAGAAAAGAAUUGGGUUCAUCAAGGUCUAUAGGCGGGUCGGAUAAUUGGAGACGCCACAGACCUGAUGAGGAGACAGAUGGUUGGAGAACUUCUAAUCACAGAUCGGCUGAUAAAUGGAGCCGAUCAUCUAGUUGGAGAGAAGGGGAUCCUGGUGAAGAUAGAUUUGAACGUACAAUAAUCCCUGACAGAUCGAGUAGAACUAGUUGGCAUUCAAGUGGGGAUGCAUCCCAUUUGGGUCGGGGUGGAACAUUGCGGCGAACGCCUUGGGAAAAUUCAUCGGAGGAUCAUUUACCUGAAUGGGCUACGGAGAAUUUACAUGAGUCAGGUGGAUCUGGUUCGUUUGAUUCGUCCGGUGCUUUUCAUGGAAAUAGUACUGAAGAUGAAAAUAAUGGAACAAGACUUGUUCAAAAAUCAGCAUCACAACAGAAUUUACCGCAGUCAAAUCGAGCUUCAACAAUACAUACUUCACAAUCGGCGCAUUCAUUGAGUAAUAAAUCUGAUAGUGGGCCGUCACCUCUUCGUGAUGAUACAAAAUCACCGAUUAAAAAUCAUAAUCAGUCUAACACAGAUCAUGAUAAAUUAUCGGUAAAUUCACAACAAUCACAAAAUAAACAACAUUCAAGUCCACAUUCGAAAGAGAAGGAGAAGUCUCCACCUAAGAAUGUUGAAAAUUCUUCUAAUAAUGUGCCUCAAAAAACUUCCUUGGAUCAAACCAAAACAAUUUCAAAUAAUAAUAACAUAAUGACCUCUAAAUCAAAUUCGACGGACAAGACAUCAGAGAAGACAUCGUCCAUCACAGAUUCGUCGAAAAAUAAUAACGACAAAUUAUUAGAUAAUGUAUCAGAUAAUCAACAAAAACCGGGAAUUCAGACACUUGGUUCAAAUGGUCUUGGCAAUUCAAAUAAUAAAAAAAUUAUGGAAAAUGCAAAUUCAGUAAAAAAGAAUGAAGAUGAAUUUGAUAGAAUGCAAGAAGUAGCAGAUGAUUUGGUUGCAAAAUUAAUGUUAGAUGAAGAAACUCCAAACAGUAGUAAUAAAAGUACUAACGAUUAUUCGAAUAGUAUAAAUUCAACAUCAUCAUCCGACAUUAAAUCACAAUCAGCAUAUGGUAGUCAUUUACAAUCAAAUCUGUUACAAAACUCUGUGAUGAAUUCGAAUAUACUAUCACAAUCAUUACCACAAGGACCACCUCCGCCACCGCAAACAAGUAUCAUUCCGGAUAAAUGGUAUUAUAGAGAUCCACAAGGGGAUGUACAGGGACCUUUUUUGGCAUCCGAUAUGACAGAAUGGUAUCGUGCAGGGUAUUUUUCAGUGAAUUUAUUAUUAAAACGUCAAUGUGACGAACGAUUUUUUACAUUGGGUGAACUUAUUAAAUUGUGUGGUAAUAGUGGCGGAGGACCAUUUUCAUCAACCGGUCGUUUACAACCAAUAAAGGCAAUUCCGGAUCCACAAACGUUAUUGGGAGCCAAUAAAAGUCAGACGCCAGGUGUUGGCGGAAUAGAUUCCGAGGCCUUACAACGAAUACAACAACUACAGUUACAACAGACGUUUGCUCAACAACAAAUGCUAGUUCGACAAGCAAUGACAUUACAAGCAUUGAGUCAAACAGAGCCGUGGGCUGCAUUAUCACAAUUACAACAAAGAGAAUUAAUUGCACAACAUCUUAUGACUCAACAACCCUCACCAAUUGUGCCGGAAACAUCAUACAUAAAUCCAUUAACUGCUCCAGGAGUUUCACCCAACAAUCCUUUAAUGCAAAUGAUAAAUCAAAUGCAACAGGCUAAUAAAUUACCACAACAAAUGAAUGAAACAAAGCCAGCAAACAAUAUUCCAAACCAACCAAAAUUAGAUCCAAUACAGCAAUUAAUACAACAAAUGGGUGGAAUGCAACAACCACAUUCAGCAAUGGUUGUACCACCACCCGGUAGUCAAAUAUCUACUUCUUUACCAAUGUCCGGUGGAGGUGUUGAUCACUUAAAUCAGCAGCAUACAGAAAAUGAUUCGAUUAAAAAUUUCUUACGUCAUUUCUCAAAUCAACAACAACAACAACAACAGCAACCUCCGUCUCAACCGCCACACCCUUCACCUCAGCAAACAAUAGACUCAUUUUGGAGUCAAGGAACAUUUCCUACACCAAAUCAACAACCACCCUCGUGGCUAACAAAUCCAAGUCCAACGCCAAAUAAUGUUACAACACCGGUAUCAAUGUGGGGUAGUGAUAUUCGUGCUAAUAUACCAUCACCCCUUCGUCCUGGAUCAAUACCUACUCCACAACACCAAAUGCAACCAGAUAAUAUAUCUUCCAUGGUAAAUGUCAGUAAAAUUGAAGAGCAGCAACGACAAACACAACAAGCUUUAAAACAACAAGAUUUAGAAAACCAAAAAAGGAUAGAAGAAGAGCUUAAAAAAUUAAAAAAACAAGAAAUGGAAAAUGAAAAACGAAGAAAUGAACUUGAAUUACAAAAAACCGAAGAGGAAAAAUCUAAAGAUGAUUUAAAGAAGGGUAAUGAAAAGAAAAAAGCAGAUACAAAAUGUAGCGAUGAAUCUAAGAAAGAAAAAGAAAAGAAAGCAGCAGAAGAUAAAUCAAAAAAACAAGCAAGUGAUAAAAAAGUUGCAGAAGAGAAAAAACGCAAUGAAGAAGUUAAAAAACAAGAAAAUGUUAAGAAACUAGCUGAAGAAAAACGUAAAGAUGAAUUGAAAAAACAGGAAACUGAAAAGAAAGCUGCAGAAGAAAAACGAAAAAAAGCUGAAGCUGAAAAACUACGUGCAAAAGCAGUAGAAGUAGCGAAACGUGAAGCUGAAGAAAAGAGACUGCGUGAAUUAGAAGAAAAACGUAAAUUAAAAGAGCAACGUAAAGCUGAAGAAGAGGCAAAAAAGAAACAAGAGGAGGAUAAAAAGAAAAUGCAAGAUGAAAAAAAAAAAGAGCAAGAACGUAAAGCUCAAGAAGAACAAGCCCGCCGACAAGCAGAAGCAUUGCGUAAAAUGCAAGAAACUCAACAGCAACAACGUGCCAGAGUAGCACCAUGGUGUCAAACUGGUGUACCUGGAAGUGGAAUUUCAGGUGCACCAGGAACAGGAACUAAAAUAUUAACAUUAGCUGAAAUACAAAAAGCGGAAAAAGAACGACGUGCGGCUGAAUUAGCAAUGCAAUUACAGCAAGCAAAAGCUCAAGCUCAAAGAGAAGCUCAAGAACAACAAGCUGUAGCUGAAAAAUCAUCUAUGCAAUUAAAAUGGGCAAGUAAAGUUGCUGGAACGCCAAAAAAAGUCAAAUCAUUAGCUGAAAUACAAGCUGAAGAACAAGAACGUUUGGCAAAACAAGCAGCUGAAGCUCGAUUAGCUCAACUAAAAGAAAAAAAAGAGACUGCCACCACACCUGUCCAAUCUGUUGGUAUUUGGGGUUCAGCUAGUCAAAGUUUAACUUGGGGCCAAAAUACAGGAGCUGGAUUCUGGGAUGACAGUUCAUCAGUUCAACAACAAACUAAAGUACCUUCAUCAAAACCUACACCUGGUGUAACAAAAAGUCGUUCAGCAAUUAGUAUUAAUCAAAAUUCAAAUAAAACAACAACAACGGCACAAAACAAAUUAAAUAAUAAUAAUCUGACAAAACAAAAAUCUGCGAAAAAAGAUGAGAAUACAUCAUCAAGUACAUUGAAAUUAUUUGAUGCAAACGGUAUGGAAUUAGGAAAUGAAUUUAGUUCUUGGUGUACUAAAGCACUUACAACCAUUAAUGGUCAAGUUCAUAUUCCAACAUUUAUUGGAUUUUUAAUGGAUAUAGAAUCACCUUAUGAAGUAAAAGACUAUGUUCGUACAUAUUUGGGUGAUAGUAAUGCAGUAAAUGAAUUUGCACGCCAAUUUUUAGAACGACGUUCAAAAGCAAAACAACGCAAUCGUGCUGCAUUACAGCAUACCGAUGAUAUGUGUGUGCCAGCACCUGCUGUAAAUCCAUCCAAUAAUACCGAAUUUCAAGAAGUAAAAGGUAAAAGUAAAAAAGUGAAGAAAUCCCGAAUGAUGAAAGUGGAUUCAAGAAUUUUAGGAUUUUCUGUAACAGCUGCUCAAGAUAGAAUUAAUGUAGGUGACAGAGAUUAUGGAGAUAAUGCCUAAAAAAAUCCUGUGAAGCUAGCAGAAACAUUUAAUUCUUAUUCAGUACAAUUUCUCAUCAUUUCACAUUUUUUCAGUUUUUUGAUUUAUUAUUAGAUCACAUAAAUACAGUUCAACCUAAUAAUUAAAAUCGUAAAUUAUUCUGUAAAAAGUAAAAUAAUGUUGAAUUCAUUUUAAAAACGAUGAUGGUACAUAAAAAAAGAACCCUUUUUAAUAAUAUAAUACAAAUCGAUUGAAGAAGAGA